GGGACCGCAGGCGCGCAUGCUUUGCCCUAACUCAAGGUGACGGCAUUAACUCCCGAACACCCCAUGUUCUCCCCCAGAGCGUGUUUGUUUCGAAAUCGACAGUUGCCAGAUACAUGCUGCUUCUAGUUUCUCAGAGAACGGGGACUUUAAAAGCUUUGCUGCCUACGCGGUGGGGUUAGGGGGUAGCUGCAGUUCAGACCUCGAGGGGAGAAGAUCGGGAAGGGUCUCUGCCCCUUUCUGCAGCCCAGCAAGACAGAGGGACAAUCCCCGUGCCACACCUCCAUCCCGCCCCACGCUGCAUAUGGGUAACCAUAUGUGAAGUGCACGGCAGCCCCACCAGACACCCGGCUAUUAAUAGAGCCCGGGAAUUUGCUCUCUGCCUUUUUCCUGCCACCGAGUAAGGGAUGAUCUUCACACACAUAUCCCACUCCGCCCCCCCCCUCGGCGCACCGUUCCUCCACGAAGCAGGGUCAGAGCGAGGCCAGGGAACGCAGCCUCCAGUCUUUGCGGCUCCGAGCCAACUCCAGAGUACAGAAAGGGCAGCCGCUGGGCUGCCGGAGGCGGGGGACGAGAGCGCAAUUUGCGGAGCUAGAGCGACCUCCUGGGAACUGCUGCGGGACGAGCGGCUGCGGACCCAUUUCCCGAUGCAGCGCGGCGCGCAGGCCCCACGGCCCGCGUGGGCUCGGCUGCGGCAGGAGCGGGCGCUGUCCCUGGUCCUGAAGGUGGCCGCGGCCCGAGCUUCCUCCCCGGGGUUAGCGUCCCAGAGGCGGCUCGUAGGUGCUGGAGGGCAGACCUCUCCCCAGCCCGGAUUUUCGAGUUCCUGUGGCGCCCGCGACCCCCUCCCCGCCUCUCUCCACCCGCGCUGCGGGCCAGGCAGGAGGGAGGGAGCCCCGAAGGCUCCGCGGAGGCGGCGGCGGCGGCGGCGGCGGCUCCUCGCCGGCUGCUCGCAAAGUCCGGCCGGCCGAGGCAGUCGACAACUCCUCUCAACUUCUGCCGAUCAGCGGGCGAAGCAACACGCUUCCUGCGCGUCCCUCCCGGGGGCUGAGCCGCAGAGCUGCAAACCCUGGAAGGUUGAGCAAGGCCUCUGAAGUUCCAUCCCAUAAUCAUCUCCUCCCAGGCCUCCGGAAGGUGAAGACUGUGUGUAGUAGCUCUACUCCAGGAGCCAAGCAACCGUUCCUCCGCUGCCUCCCAAAACCCAGUGCCUGGGGGCCAGGAUGCCGCUUCUCCGACCUGCAGACCAUACUGCCUGGGAAAGCCCAGAUUCUAGCCUGUUCACGUGUGCUUGCUUCAAUAAAAGGGGCUGUGUAAGAAAGAGCGUGUGUCUUCCCCCUCAGGGAACCUCACACGUGGCCAGGGCUCACAUAUGGCCGAGACACGCUGCGGUGAAUCCACGGCUCCUCAAGAAUCAGGCCACAGCCGUUAUCCAUCACCACCUCCCAGCAGCGAACCCAGCAGUGCGCUUCGUGUCUUCUGGGAGAUGGGAGACAAGCCAAGGCUGCGGCAGCCGGCUACCUGGCUGAGCCCCCAGACGGCCCCACACCUGGGAAGUUCUCCUGCAUGAGAGCCUCUGCCGCCCUAAUUCUCCCCAACCCAAGGCUGAAUUAUUUCUUAAACUGUGUUCCGAAAAACAACUUGUAAGAGUGCCACCAACGCCUGCAAAGUAAUUUGGGUUUCUUCCCUUUUUUUUUUUUUUCUUGCCAUUAAAACCGGAAUGUUAUGUCUUCCUUGCUCGGAUAAUGUCUGAUUGAAUCAACUCACUGUGGUUUUGUGCUGGAUAUGAUACUGUUUGGUUUGACUGUUUAUUCUCACUAUAUUUGGGAGGCAUUUUCUUAGUAGGUCUGCAGUCAGAGCUUAAUCUUUGGUGUUUUAGGCCCCUGAAAAGCUAGACUAUUUUCACCUGCCUUUCUCUCAGGGUGAGAAGGACUCCGAAGACAUCCAGACGUUUUGUCAGUGGCCUACGAUGGAACCCAAACUUCUCUGGAGAAAGCAGAAGAGGGACACAGUGGCAGAGCCCUUAAAGAUACUAAAAUAGUCUUUCUAAAAUGCUAUCGCGACAAAAAUCAGCUUUUUCUUCUUGGUGGAAGUUGUACACGCUACUCCGUUCCUCUUUUUCAAGUCUCUCAUAAAGGCUCCCCUUUUUCUGGAAAAUCUCUCCUGAGUCUCCCCAAAGCCAGCUAGAAAUCAACUCAGUCUAUCUGGUGCAGGAACUUAACACACAUUUUCUUCCAUUAGCCCUUAUACCACAGCUACUACAGUAGCCCUGUGCCAGGCAUUCUGGACUAGAAGAUGAAAAGACAGCCCUACCCUGAUGACCUAUCUUCCAGGAGGAGUUGGUUAGGGAUUCAGGUACUAUCAGAGGUCAUAUGGAUUGGUUCUUAUAGGUUAAAUACAGCUAUAAUAAAUGGCUUAUAGUCAGGAAGGCCCUGCAAGAGCUAUCUAUUGAUAUGGACAGGGAGACCCUGGAGGCUUUAAGGCCUGGACCAGUAGCCUCCAUUCAGGUAAGGCUGGGGACAGCUUCUUUAUCAAGAUACCAAAGUUCUUCCAAAUGUGCUUCCAAAACUUUUAUGGAUGGGAAGUUUCUCAGCCUUGGCCCCCCAAAAGCAUUAAGUACUGAUGCCUCUUGGGGCAUAUAACACACUGUGACCUGCCCUAGUGCAGGGCUGAUCUCUGGAGUUUCAUGGGUGGCCCUACCUGAAAGUGCACAGAGAAUGGAGGCGGCAAAGAAAGCUGUGCUUGAUUCCACCUGUUUCCUUUCUGGACCAGUUAACCACCCUGAUCUACUUCUUCCAUUCCCAAAGGGUUUCUUCUUUAAUAUAAAUCUCUGCUAGAUUUUUUAAAGUGUAAAAUAUUACCCCUCUACCGUGACACUAACAUUUUGCUGUGUAUCCUCCAUUUGUUUGUCAUGCAAACGUAUCAACAGAUCUUUCUUAACUUACAAUGGGGUUACCUCCCGAUAAAACCCUCCCAGAUGGAAAAUACCAUAAGUCGAAAAUGUGCUUAAUACACUUAACCCUCCCAAACAUCACAGCUUAGCUCGGCCUACGUUAGACGUGCUCAGAACACUUACAUUAGCCUACAGUUGGGCAAAAUCAUCUCACCCAAGGCCUAUUUUAUAAUAAAGUGUCAAAUACACCAUGUAAUGUAUUGCAUACUGAACUGAAAGUGAAACACAGAACGCUCUCUGAGUACAGAACAGUUAUAAGUAUGUCGGUUGUUUACUGUGAUCUCGGGGCUGCCACCGCCCAGCAUCAUGAGGGAGGGUUUCCCUGCCUAUCGCCAGCCCGGGAAAGGAUCAAAACUCAACAUUCAAAGUAUGGUUCCUACUGAAUGCGGACCACUUUCACACCAUGGUAAAGUCGUAAAAUCGUACAUUGAAACUCUGUAUAUGUGUUGUAUAGACGUGGAAUAAUAGACGUGGCUCAGCAACUUGGCUUCUUUGUUACACAGUGUAUUAUAGACUCCUUUCUAUGUUAUUACACGUAAAUCCAAGUUAUUAUUAUUUUAUUUUUCUU